AAGAAGGUUAAGGUACACAGUAUGGAACCUGAGGGAGAUCUUUCUGUGAUCAGAGGAGGUUGUGAGGACAGCAAAAAUGGCUGAAACCCAGCAAGUUGUCUGCAGUGCCAAGGGUCACCCUCGCAAGUAUUAUGAAAGUUCUGACAUCAGCGUCCAUUUUGGAAUCUCAGAUGAAGAGAAGGCAGCAGUGAAAAAUCGGGGGGAGAAGGUCUUGACAGCCCUGAAGAAAUUGGGCUUAAAUGUCAAAAAGGGCCCUGUGCUUUCUGUCCUGGUGUCUGGUGGGGGCCUGAGGGCUGACAUAGCCUGCCAAGGUGUACUUAGUGAGCUGAGUCAUGUGGGGCUCCUGGAUGUGGUCACCUACCUUGCAGGAGUCUCUGGCUCCACCUGGUGCAUGUCCUCCCUGUACAGCCAGAGGGAUGGGUUUCAGGACCUGGUGAAGGCAGAAAAUGAGCUCCGGAGGCGGCUGCAGGAGGACUCCUGGAAGUUCUCUGUUGCCCUGGAUGGGCUCUGUGUGGCUGCAGAGAGGGAUGACUAUUCCCUCACUGACUUCUGGUCCUAUUCCGUUGUCUAUUAUCUUACGAAGGAACUUCUAGAUGCCCGUCUGUCUCAUGUGAGAGAUCAGUCUGAGAAGGGGACUGUGCCAUAUCCCAUAUUUGCCACCAUUGAUAAAUACUUCAAGUCCUGUGGAAAGGAGAAGACUCAGAAUGCCUGGUUUGAAUUCACUCCUGAUUGGACUGGUUACUCAACACUUGGCCCCUCAACACCUGGUGCUUAUGUCUCUACCACUCAUUGUGGGAGCAGGUUUGAGGGAGGGAAGCUCAUCCAACAAAAAGCUGAAAGGGAUUUCUCCUACCUGCGAGCAUUAUGUGGUAGUGCUCUGGCUGACAUAGGAGCUAUUCUCAAAAUCAUCAAGGACUUCUUGUGGAAAUUUAUCCAUGAUUCAAGCACCCAGGAAAAAAUGCUCAUUGUUGAUUCUGAUGGCAUUACUUUGAAAGCCAUCAUAGAAGACCUGUUCAACUUGGUUUACACCUUCUUAACAGAUGGAGACUGUCUGCCCAUCCUGAAAAAUCUACAGAGUAAAAUGACAGGGAACAAAGAUUUUUCUGAGGCUGCAACAUUGACUGAUCAGAUGAUUAAGCACUCAUUUCAGACCUCGAGAGAUGAACAGAGACAGCUCAUUCAGGAAUUACUGGAAAAGAUCUUCAAUCAAGAUUUGGUGGAAAAGAGCAGUGUCUCAUCUUUCCUCAAAUUUUUAUGGAAGACCUUCAGCUGUCUCUUAUCAUGGACAUGGGGAACAACCAAUAACUUUGUGUAUAAGUAUGAAGCCAUUGAAGACAAGCUGCUUACAGAAAAGAAAAAUAUAUAUCUGAUAGAUGCUGGCUUCACUAUCAACUGUGCCUAUCCCCUGGUCCUGCCCCCACUGCGGAACACAGAGAUCAUCCUCUCCUUUGAUUUCAGUAGUGGGGAUCCAUUUAAGACCAUCAAGGCCACAGCAAAGUAUUGCAAAGCCUGCAAUAUCCCCUUCCCUCCAGUGGAUGAAGCUAAGCUCAACCAAGAAGCCAAGACUCCAUCUGACUUCUACAUCUUUGAAGGGGAGAACACACCUGUGGUCAUGCACUUCCCACUCUUCAAUAAAGUGAAUUGUGGCAGCGCAGAGGUCAUUGAGAAGAGGCAGAAGACAUACUCAUCAUUCCGCCUCAAAGACUAUUCUGAUGCUGAGGUGUGUCAGCUCCUGGAAGACUCGAAGGCAAAUGUCAGAAACAACAAGGAAUGUAUCUUGGCAAAGAUCUGUGAACUGGCAGAGGCCAUUUUAUAGGAAGCAGCCCCGAUAGCUUCUGUCUUCCUAGAGUGCACAGUGCAGAGUACACUGGCUUCUGUUACCUGGGAGCAGCUGUCAUUCCUUCUGCCCUCUUAAGAGAGGCCCUCAUUCACCUUCUCACUUAAAUGUGUCA